AUGUUUUGGUCAUCUCUUCUGUUGCUUUCUAGCUCUUUGACUGCAGCAAGAGCAGUGACUGUCUACGGGCAAAUUCCUCUCGCCCAAACCGCGACCGCUGGAUACUCAAAGCCCACUCUCAAGGCUUAUGACCCAAUCGAACUUAUUCCCCCUCCUAUACCCCAACCUCCGCCAGCACCAGCCUAUACCCUCAACCUGGAACGCAAUGCAGCAGCAGUUCCCGGAUUGUCAAUGCCUCAUGUCGGUGGUUCAUUCUGGGGAUUUUCGAUAGAAAUGUCUGUUAUCAGUCAAGUUUUAGGAAAAAACUCAUCAUUUCUCGCAGUCCCUUUCCUCAAUCUUAUGGCGAAUCUUCAGGAACGAUCAGGGGGUGUCGUUAUUCGUAUUGGAGGAAAUACGCAAGAGUUUGCUACUCAAGUGCCAGAAGGAUCGCUUGAAUUUGGUCACACAUUCGCAAAAACUGACUCUGGAUCGAACCAAACAACUCAAACUCCCGCUGUACUGUAUACUCCCGACAUGUUCUAUAUGGCAAACAAUAUAUCGUCAAUGCUAAACGUCAAGUGGUUCUUCGGCAUACCAUUUAACGAUUCCGUCAAUUGGCGGCUGACCAUUGCUGAGCAAGCGCAAAAUAUCUUGGGCGAUAAUCUUCUUGGUUUGCAAGCCGGAAACGAACCUGAUUUCUACUUGAAGUUUGGUCGACGUACUACAUAUAGCCCACAAAUGUAUACGGAUGAGGUUGCGGAUCUGAUCAGAGUCAUGGACGAAAACCCAAACAUCCCCAACAAACAUAUGUUGAUUGGUCCCAGUGUCUCCAGCAUCGAGUGGAUACCCGAACAAGUUUGGGAAACGGGGUAUAUUGAACGAUUCAAGGACAGGCUAUACUGCCUCAGCGUUGAACACUACCCCAUGAACAAUUGUGCAGCAUUGACUGGCGGUGGCCCAGGAAACCCCAUUAUCAACCCCCAAGAUAUUGUCGAUACAUAUUUCAAGCACGACCUGCCAAUGUCUCUUAUGGACCAAUACCGAGAAUCAACGAGGCUCGCACAACUCGCCCAGAAGCCUUUUAUCAUGUUCGAAACCAACACUGCCUCGUGUGGUGGCUUCCCUGGAUUGAGUGAUAGCUAUGGCGCUGCUCUUUGGGCGUUGGACUACGGCCUUCAACUCGCAUAUGGCAACUUCACACAUGCUCUUCUGCACGUCGGUGGUCAGGACACGUACUACAACCCGUUCACGUCGCCACCAACUAACCAGUCCUCCUUUAACGCAUGGAGCGUCGGUGCCGUGUACUACUCAGCCCUAAUCAUCUCUGAAGUCUUUGGAAAGACCAACACCUCGCAGAUUGUCGAUAUAAGGGGCAACUUCGGUAACACCUACACCCCACAAUAUGCGAUCUACGAAAGAGGAGUACUUAGCAAGGUGGCCCUUUUCAACUACGUCAAUGAUAGGUCAGGUGCGAGCGACUCGCUAGUUACGUUGAACAUCCCCGGUGGCGUACCUGCGUCCGUAAGAGUCAAAUAUCUAUUGGCACCCAUGAUUACUUCAAGAAGCAACAUCACAUGGGCCGGCCAGACAUUCGGGCCUCAGUUCACAGUCGAUGGUCGCAUCAGAGGCGAUCUGAACGUCACCACUAUCAGCUGCAACACUGCUGCCAACACAUGUAUCAUCCCUGUUCCCGCUCCUGGUUUCGCCCUGGUUUUCCUUGACAGCUCCGCCGAGGCACUGUCGCUCGGUCAAGCGACAGAGACCUUCUCAACGUCUGCGUUUACCCAGAAGCACAAUACUGUCACAUACGAGCCCGCGACCGUUUCGCUCUCGAAUGGACGGUCAGGUUCCGAUCGCGACAAGAAUCUAGGCACCAGCUAUGGCUACAAAGAGAGCGGAGAUGUAGCAUUGAGGGUGCCCCUCUUGUCAUUCACCCUAUCGCUGGCGAUUUUGAGCGGGCUAUGGAUCGUACGAGCAAGAGCCCUCCUAUAA